AUGGAUCAACAGACCUUGCAAAAAUACGGAACGUUACUUACGGACUGGGCAUCGACGUCCCCCCGCGAUCGCGACGUCAAGUUUGGUCUCCUUCUGGGGCCCGAUGUGACAGGCCACAGCACUUUCACGAGUUCACUCCCACGGAAAAUCUGGUCUGAUGUGACACGGCAGAUCUCCGACAUGGCCGUCAUCCAUGUCACCUCUUCUCUCAAGGCCGCAGAGAUAAACGCGGCACUCCGAACCGACCCGCACCGUCAGCACUUGGAGGGAACCUGUCGGGACCAGCAGCUCAUCACUCACUCAUACGGCAGCCUCUUGAAGGUGCUCCGGGGAAACACUGUACCAUUCGACGCAUCUACGCCCUACGACUGGACCUGUUCUCAACUCCCUCCCGUGUCGCUCUUCUUGAUCGAUGCCGACCCAGACGUGUCUGCCGAAUAUUUCCUCCUACUCGUGGUCAUUAUGGCCUGGGCCACAAAGGUGUGCAUCAACAGGCCAGAGGUGACUGUGAGGAUUAUGAUGAUAUCCUCACUGCCCCUUCACCCACUCGUCCAAGACCUGUUUUGGAUAGAAUCAUCAUAUCCCUUCGCAAAGUUCAACUUCGGAUCGGAUUUCGACAAUUUCGAGGCGAGGGAGGUUGUGGGAAUCUCUGGCGCAGCUUCAGCCGUACUGGACAAGGUCAAGGACUCGGCCCCAGAACUCUCCCACAGGGUUGUGUGCUUCCGAUCCUCGCAGGUGUCAGAGGGCUUUCCACAAGAUUGGGAGAUUGAGCAUCACCUCUCCGACAUUGCGAGGCUACCAGGAUCUCCACCUCAACGUCGGGUUGAGAUACUCGCCAAUGGUCUUCACGUUCCUGAGCACUUCAUAGACUCGAACAUCGUUCACAUCGUCACUGGCGGAUCAAGAAAGAGGCUCAUAUUCGACCGCAACACCAAUCAGAUUGUCCUGGUCAACCUCAAAAUCUCAGCAUCCGAACGCCAUGAGCAGCUUGCCUGGGCUUCCCGACCUGACUGUGGCAACUCCAUGGUCAUGCUCUAUGAAGACACCGACUUCCUUGCUGGCGCCAAUGCCUCACGAACUCGACGGACCGAUGUGGCAGGUUCCCAAGCAGCCGGAUUCUUUUCUGGUCUGGCUCAAUUCUCCGACUGGCCGCAACUACUGGACUUCAGGGCACCAGACCUCCCUCCCCAUCUAUGUCUUCCAAACGACAGACACGGCGUCUUCUUUGCGGUGUUGCCGUUGGUCAACUAUGACCCCCGUGUUGCUCGCUUUCUCUCGGAGUCAUCCAGCACGCCUAAAAUCACGCUCAUCAAGGUGCAACUAGCUUCCGCUCUGACAAUUGGCUUUCGCUUGUUGGUGCCUGUAGUCGCCGCGAAUGUCAAAGCGGAGGAAAAUCGCGACGCUGCAAACUACGGAUUGACAGGCCCGUUUGUCGGCUUUAGAACGAUAUGGCUAUAUCUCGGGCUCAUCAAACAAGCAAUUGCCGACAAUCGCGAAACACUGGGUUGGGCAUUGGAUUGGAUAGCACACCCCACAUAUGGUAUGCUUGACAACGAUGUACUCAUUGACCUUGGCGCCAUCAAGCGCUUCGAUCAAUUGACCAAGGAACUGAAUCGCGUCUUGGUAUCCUUUGGGGUGCCACUCCUCGGCCUGCCGAUUGAGGACGAACGGGGUUCAUUGGAAGCUGAUGAGUUCCUAGAGCUUCUUUGGCAUCUUCUGUGCGCAUUCAUCCAUCAAACUGCAGUCAUCGCGGAAUGGAAGGAUAUUUGGAUGUACGAUUUAGUAUCUCAUCGGCGCCUAGCACUCAACGAAGUGGUUCAGUUCAUCGACUGGCGUGGCAUACAACACUAA